UCAGCGUGCCAUCAAUCAUUCCAGUACGUGCAAAGAGCCAUCGUCCAAUCCAUCCACCCACUCUCGUCAGAGCAGCACAACGCAAAAAUAAUAUGAGACCCAUCAUAUCAUGCACACACAGUCCUCCGCGUCCCUCUCCCUCUCCCCCAUCUCAUACCAAUGAUCCCUCCCCUUGAACUACUCAUUUGACCAGCCGCAUGGCCUUCAAAGUGGAGUCGACCCUCUCUGCGCGUGUGUGUGCAUUUGCAUGGGCACGUGCCUUCCCCUCCUUCACCUUUUCUUUCUCCUGCUGCUGCGCCGGUUUCGGUGGUGGUGGUGGUGGGGGAGGGGGAGGCGGUGGGGGCGGCUGGAUCGCCUCAGCAUCAGCUGCCGCCUGCUGCUGAGCGUCGUGCAUAUGGGCGAUGUAUUCCCUCCGUCUCCACUGCGCCCGGUACGACACCAGCACCGAGUCGUCUGGCAGCAGGUAGUGCGAUGAUGCGUCACUGAAGGGGUAGUGGGUGCGCCGGAGGGACCGCAGGAAUGUCUGUUGGAGUGCGAGGGCGCUGGCCUUCUUGAAGAAGGUGCGGGGGUCGAUGUACAGGCGGAAGUCGUGCGCCUGCCAGAGACGCACCGCCAUGGCGUGGAAAAAGAGGUACGGGGCCACAUACGCCUGCAUAAAUUGCACAUAUGUCAUUCCAUCGUUUGUGCACGCACUACAUGAUCGGUCCCGAUGGACGGCAUGCCUCUUUCCCACCGACCCGUGCAAUGUGGAGGUGGACUUCGCUGAGGCGCACGGACUCCUCGGAAAGGUAUACAUAGCUGAGAUACACCUGCAGCACGCUCACAUGCGCCCGCUCCACUGCCGACAACUCCUCGCUCUCAACCGUCGAAAACAGGCGGUCGAGGUGCACCAGGGCAGAGGCCAGGGCUACCGUGAUGUCAGGCCAGUCGGGCGAAGGCGUCGUGGUGACACUCUUGCUGCUGAAAUCCUUGGUCAUCUCACACAGACUGCGGAAACCCCAACACACACACACACACACACGCACAACAUAUGGGUGCGUGUGGAUGGUGUUUGAAUGUGGUGUGUCUUACAGGCGAAUCAUGGCGAGGAUAAGCACAGACGACCCCGGGAUCUCCAGCCCCGCCAGCAUGGCGAACCUCGCAGCCACCGCAGCUUCCCACUCGUUCGCACCGUGUCGAUCCAUCAGCCACCCCACCGUCCGCUCAAAAGAAGCCUCACAUGACUCACUCGCCGCGUCAUCUAAGGGCAAGAUGGUGGUCUUGAUGGGUAGGGUGGAUCGAGACGGCACUGAUGGAGAGGGAGCCGUCGGCUUGGUGCUCCUCCUGACGACCUGCAUCUGGCCGUCACGCACGAGCCGCUCCAGCUGUGGCCGGGUGAUGACCAUGGUGUCCUCCGUCCCGUCAUUGUCAGCACAGAAGUUCGCCAUCUCCCUCGGCCGGUCGCCAGGUCCGCCCCUCUUCCUCUCGCCCCGCUCCACCCUGUCCAUGGUCUCCUGCAGCGUCUCCCACCGUGCCUCCGUCUUGGCCAGCACCGGGAAGGCAUUGCAAGACGGCAGACGCCUCUCCCGCUCCCUCUCCCUCUCGGGAGAAGGCGAUCCCCCCUGGCUGCCCGUGUCGGCUGUCGAUCGAGUGGUCGAUGUGCCUGUGCCACUGCCGAUGGCGGCGCUGCUGGUACUGUUGGAGACAGGCGGGGGUGGCGGUGGGGGAGGCUUGCGCACAAUCAGAGUCGCGGUGCUGCUGUCUUCAUGUUUGGCCGCCAGACGGGCUGUGGAUCGGGGCGGGUGUGGCGGGGGAGGGGGCUGCUGCUGUGGCUUCUUGGGCAAGGCAGGGCGAGGGGGAGGGGGCGGGGGACAGACAGUCGUCUCCUUCUUGCACGCCCUCUUGGUGCUGCGGGUCUGGACGGUCAUCUUGAGAGACUGCUGCUGGUGCUGGUGGUGGUGCUGGUGGUCCAGCUCUAUCUCCCUCUUCCUGUUGACCGGCAACACCCUCUGCUGAUGGAUAAGUGCAGCCGAUGGCACCGGCACACCGUUCCCAUUGUCCUGCCUCUUGCCUCCCCUGAUAGUCUUCCCUGUCCCUGCUGCUGUGGCUGUCGCCGGCUGCUGCUUGGCUGUGACGGUCGGCAUGGCCAUGGACAUGGACACCUGCUGGGGCAGCUCCAGUGUGGGCAGAUACGCGGGGCUGUCGAUCUGCAUCUGGUGGAUGCCCGGGGCGGGAGGGGGCGGGGGCGGCAUCUUUUGGCAGUUGCGCACGCGCUCGGGCGUCUCGUUGGUCUGCCGACGCCGCCACAGCCAUGAGCUUAUCCCACCCCCUCCGCCCCUUUCUCUGCUCGCCGGCUUUUGCGCGUCUCGUUUGACGUCCUCCUUCCUGCCCACCGCACUAGCAGCAGCAGGGCUCGCCUGCCCCUCCUCCAUCAUCUGCAUCAAGUCGUCACUGCUGCAAUUGACACCCUGGCGCACGGGAUAAGGAGAGAUGAGCCCACUAAGGUCCUCCGACCGCAGCACCCCCCAGACGCUCCGCAGCAAGUGAGACGUCUUCAUGCCCUUGGGCGGCCCCUGCUUGAUCUCCCUAUAGGUGGUCUUGGGCGUCACCUGCGUGCUCCAUGCCUCCUGAGGCAGAAAGCAGGCCGGCUCGACGCUUGUCGGCAGAGACAGGCGAGACGGCCGUCUGGGUGUGACGCUCUCCCAGAGGAACGACAU